GUCCUCGCAAGACGGUUUCCAACUUGCUCAGGAGACAUUGAUGCUAUAAAGCGGCAGCUGUCUACCUAAGAAUGCACCGUCAGACUCUAGCAGGCUCUUUGAAGUAAGCAUGUACUGGACGCCCCUGCUCUUCAGUCACUUGGCUGCAGCCAUCUUCUCUGAUGGCCGCAAGCCAGGUGCUGCGCAGGUGCAUCAGGCUGCAGACUCGUGUCUCAGCUCUCCUCAGCAAGUCGGAUGCAAGACUGAGUGGUUGAUCACAGAUCGCAAACAUCCCGGCGCAAUCUUACGCAUCAACAAGACAGACACCAAGCUCGGAAAUUUCUGUAAAGGUGCUGGGGCCGGCCAUACAGGCUAUCUCUCCCUUGACCAUGGUAAACGCAACAUCUACUUUGCAUUCUUCGAGUCACGCUCCUCGCCUCUCAAAGACCCUCUUGCACUCUGGUUGCAAGGAGGUCCUGGUUCAAGCAGCACGGCCUACGGCCUCCUUCUCGAGAACGGACCCUGCUCUCUCUACAACAAUGUAACCACCCAGUUCAAUCCAUAUUCUUGGAAUCAUGCCGCCAACACCAUUUACGUGGAUCAACCCAUUGGUGUUGGUUACUCCUUCAGCACAAAAGCAGAUCCUGUUGGUAGCAGGGAACGCGCAGCAGACGACAUGAUCGUGUUGCUCCAUCUGUUCAAUACGGCUUUCCCAAAUUUGCGGGCAAACAAGCUUCACAUCACUGGAGAGUCCUACGCUGGCAAAUGGAUUCCUUCGCUCGCCAUGGGGAUUCUCGAUGCCAACAAACAUGAUCCAUCCAAUCAGAUUGUCUUGGGCUCUGUUGUCAUUGGAGGUGGCUACUUCUCUCCAGCUGUGCAGGAUCCAAAGAAUUAUGAUUACGCCUGCCUCGAACCGUAUCCCUUGGGCAAACCACUUUUCAACAAGACGACAUGUGCAAAGAUGAAGGAUGAUGCGAUCAAGUGCGCGGCAAAGUGGGCAGAAUACACUAGCUUGGGGGGCAAAAACGAUCGCAGUAAACGUGUAAAGGUCGGAACUGACGCAUUUAACAAGUGCUACAAUGACUUGUUUCAAAUUGUGUCUGAUGCUGGAUUGGACAUCUACAAGAUCGAUCGUUACUGUCAAGACAAAUCUGGAUCCUGUGAUCCAAGAGAUGUUGCAUCUGAACAAUUUCUGCGGCGGUCGGACGUGGCUGCUGCGUUUGGGGCAGGUCCUGGCGAGUAUCAUGCCAUGAGCGACGUCGUUUAUUGGGCGAGCGUAGACAGCGGAGACGACUUCGUCGAUGCUGGCCCACUGUUGGUACAGCUUUUAGAGGCUGGCAUUCCCAUGUUGCUUUAUGCAGGCAUGCCUACAGUGGACUAUAUUGUCAACCAUCGUGGCAUUGAAGCUGCCUUGGAAAAGCUUGUCUGGUCGGGAUCAGCAGAAUUCAAGGCCGGUCAAAAGGCUCCCACCAAGUGGUCUGGCGGAGUGAAAUGGAAAGCUAAGAACCUUCUUUGGGUGCUCUUCAAUAACGCCGGCCACGUCGUCCCUGAGGACGAUCCAGCCAGUGCUUUUGAGAUCUUUAAUGCCUGGAUUGAUGGACUUAGGGCCUGAUUACCACGCCCGACAAGCACCUCAAAGCUUCUUUUGCUUCCCUUUUAUAUGGCAAGCUGUUUGCCAAGCAUCAUUAUGGUCCGUGCAGGGCGCGCCGCAAUUAGGCUUGCCUUUCUUCUUCUUCAUCAAGCCCCUUCUAUUAUUCAGGCUAUCUUUUCGCGUAGUCCAAUGACAAGUCACGAGACUAUGCUUCAUCAAGGUGUUCCUUUCGUGAAGAAACUUGAGUCUAGACUCGACAGGCCACGCCAAGUACUUGGCAGGGGU